UUAGCGAGGGAAAAGUUUAUAAAUAUAAAAAUAAAUAAAACGAGGGAGAAGAAGAAGGAGGCGGUGGUGGUAGCGGCGGCAUCAUAAUGUCGGUGAACUACGCGGCGGGGCUGUCGCCUUACUCGGACAAGGGGAAAUGCGGCCUCCCGGAGUUCGUUGACCCACCGGAGGAGCUGGAGAGCAAGAUCCGUGAGCUGGCUGACAUGAUCCGGAACGCCUCCAACGUGGUGUUUCAUACCGGAGCUGGCAUAAGUACAGCUUCAGGGAUCCCAGACUUCAGAGGCCCCAAUGGCGUCUGGACCAUGGAGGAGCAGGGGUUGCCCCCCAAGUUCGACACCACCUUUGAGAACGCGCGGCCGUCCAAGACCCAUAUGGCUCUGUUGGAGCUCCAGCGAGCUGGCAUUUUACGAUUCCUCGUCAGCCAAAAUGUGGACGGCCUUCACGUUCGUUCCGGCUUCCCAAGGGACAUGCUAGCAGAACUCCAUGGCAACAUGUUUGUGGAAGAAUGCAUGAAAUGUGGCAAGCAGUACGUGAGGGACACGGUGGUGGGCACCAUGGGCCUCAAGUCCACCGGCCGCCUGUGUGAUGUCUCCAAGCGCAGAGGGCUGCGUUCCUGCAGAGGAAAGCUGAUGGACACCAUCUUAGAUUGGGAAGAUUCACUACCGGAUCGUGACCUCAACCUGGCUAGCGAAGCCAGCAGGAGAGCCGACCUGUCCGUCACCCUGGGGACGUCGCUGCAGAUCAAGCCCAGCGGGGACCUCCCUCUGCUGACGAAGAAGAAAGGCGGGAAGCUGGUGAUCGUGAACCUGCAGCGGACGAAGCACGACAAGCACGCCGACUUGCGCCUCCAUGGCUACGUGGACGACAUCAUGACAACGCUCAUGAAGCACCUGGGCCUGGAGAUCCCCGAAUGGACCAGGCCGGUGUUGGUCGAGAGCGCGGAUCUCAGCCAGGCCAAACCCUUCGCAAAACCCGGCAUGGACUUUAAGUUCCUGAGCAAAGAGGAGCCCGUCCCACGCUGCAACGGUGUCGGGGAGCGCAGCGCUUCUCCAAAACGGGAGUCCUGCGCGCUGGACACCAACUCCGCCACAACCAAGCGGCUGAAACUGGAACCGCUCCCCACCUGAUCCAUCCGGUGUACGUGAUUGUGGCGCCUGUAUAUGUCUCGGAAACGGUUUUUGGGCGUUCGUCUUUAGAUAUGACCUUUUAAAGACUUGUCUUCCGUACCGCCCAACCAUGUUUGCGUGGGUUUCCCUCCCUGCUCCCGGAGCUUGGAAGCGCUGCUUCUGUGCUCAGUUCGACCUGUUUUGAAAGAUGCUGGCACACCGACACAUUUUCAUGAGUCAUACCAAAAAAACUGGAGGGCCAUGUGUGUUCUAGACCACGCUCUUUCCCGCCCAGCUCCAAGGAUCCGUUUGCGUGUAAUGGCCAGCUAUGGUGUGCGGUUGCAUGAACGAACCUGAAGAAGUCUUUGGUUUGCAUGACCCCCACCCUUCCAUCUCCUCUUUUAUGUGUUCUGGAAGGAAAUUGGAAGAAGCAUCUGCUUUUAAACAAACCACAGUUCCCUGUGAUGUCCAGACUCAGGAAACUGUGGUUUGUUUACAAACUAGGUUUAAUAAAUCAAGUCAGGAUAA